AUGACAACUUGGACGAUUGAGCCCUGUUCCGUCAAUGACGCCGCCGCUCUGGCGCGUAACAACAUGGCGGCCUUCUGGGAGGAUCCAAACUGGGUUAUCCUGUGGCCGAAAGACAUGAAACGGGAGUUUAUUAUCGAGCAAGCGACAAAGCGUCAGCCGCGUAAUCUUCUGCGCGACCGGGAGAAAGUGCGGCAUCAGCAAGCCGUAGACCCCGUUACCGGUGCUGCGGUUGGUUACGCGCGCUGGAUACUUCCAUCCGGACAUUAUAUCGCAGGGGAUGGCAGUCCAGAGUGGGCCGAGGCACAGGUACCAGAUGUCGGUGAGGAUGAGAAAAAGAAACACCAGGAGUUGGCUGAAUCGGCUUGGUGGAGUCCAAGAGAGGAUAUGGAUAGCCUCGAUGAUAAGAACCAUGUUGUAAUGGACCGCAUCUUGGCGGAGAAACCGUACAUCAAGCUCGACUAUCUGGCAGUUCACCCAGAGAACAAGGGAAAGGGCAUUGGCACGGCGCUUGUUGCCAGCGGGAUAAAGUAUGCUGAGCAGGCUGGAGUACCCAUUUUUACCAUGGCUUUCAAAGCAGGACGCGGGAUUUACGCGCGACUUGGAUUUCAGGAAGUCGAUCGAGUUAUUCAGGAUGAUUCGAUGUAUGGUGGUCCUGGUGAAUACGCAGCGUACUUCAUGGUAUACGAUGUCCCUAGGAAUAUGUGA